UUGAGUGUUAAGUUAGCUAGCUUUACUUUAAGGAAAAUCAAGACGUUUAUGUUUUAAGAUUUAUUUGGAGACACUUCAUCACAGUCAAAGAAAAUAAAAGGCAAACGCCUUGAUGAAAUCAGUUUCAUUUCGUUCAAAAGUUUAAUAUUUUUCACGAACUAUGUCGGACAAUAAAAACUAUAACAGAUUAAUCAAAAUGUUUGUCAAAGUUGGAAAAGUUGUCUUAGUCCAACUUAUAGAAAGGUAUGUGUCGAUCAGAGGACGUGAAUGGACUGUUGAUCACCUUAUUCACGAAAACAUAGCUAGAAUUACUGCAACGACUACGGGACACAAGAACAUAAUGAUAUUCUUUCCUGGGCUUAACCAGCGGACAGACCUUGCAGCAUGGAGCAUGCACAUGCUUUGUUUUGUGCUCAGAGAAAUUUGCGUUGAUUUGCCAGACAGCGUUUCACACAGCAUCGAUGAGUUGAGAGGCAUACGAGAUACCAUCUGUUUCGGAGAAGCGGCCAUGAGCGAUCAUUCAUUUGAACAAAUGGUUUCCAGCAUAAGAAGAAUAUUCAGUUCCCUUUCGGAAUAUUCUGGAGAAAAUGCUCAGGUAGAUGAAGAACUUAGAGCACCUUUAACCAAACCCGAUGAACAAGUUUGCUUCACAGAGGUUGUUGCGUGGCAUACAGAUGAAAAGGAACAUAGAGAAAGAGUGCGAGAGGUACCAGACGAACUGAAAAUGAUUACGGACAGAAUUGUGAGUCUAAGAAAGGCGAACAAAGCGGUUCCCCCAAGGGAAGAAGCCAUGCUAGAGCUACCAGUUCUUAAAAUAGUUCUGCAACCUAAAGCCAAAACUUUGCGUCAAAGCCUUGAUGUAUCUAAGCGCUUAGCUACAGCCUUCCUAGGGGUGCAGAGUACAAGUUUAGACGAUUUGGAAAGAGAGGUGAAAAGGGUUAUUGAAACUCUAAAAUCGGAAAAUUUGCAACUGAGCAAUGUCAAGAGGGGAUGCAUCGAACUUCACAUACAAUGUUCAAACAUUGAGAGUUUCACAAAGCUCAUUGAGGACUGCGUCAGUGGAAAACUUACUAACAUGUUUGAACCAGUUCAGCAGGCUAUUCGACAGCAAGAAGGCUUUGAAGAAUACACUCAGGAAUUGUUUAUGUAUAAAGACGAUUUCGACAGUUGCAUGAUUGAACUAGCGAACAACAUUGACAACUACUUGACGGACAAUGAAAUGACUUUAUUCGCGUCAAGCCAUCGUCAGAUAAAUAUUGAUAAAAAUCUGUCGAGUCAUUGCGGAGAAAUAACAUUAACAGUUAAAUGUAACAAAUCAGAGGAUCUCCAAAAAUUCGAGCAAUUUAACAAAGAUGGACGCCUCUAUAAAACUUUCGAACGUCUGUCAACGGUUUUGAAUCGAUCCUACAAAACAGAGGAUAUUUACUUAGAAGUAGCAAUGGAGCAAUUACCACUUGUCAGGGAACAGGUAGAGCCUGAACCUCAUGUCACACAAGAGCAGAUUGAAUUGGGAAUUACAAGCGUUGCGGAUGACCUUACUAAAUCCGGACUGCUCCUCCAGCGAUAUAAGACUUGGUGAAACCAGAAAAUGAUUUGAAAUGUUACUACAUUACUGUAUACUGACUCUUAAAUUAUCUUUUCUUUCAUAUGAUACUGUUUAUUUUAAUCAGAUCUGUGUUCGUAUUACAGAAGCAUCUAAAGAUUUUUUAACACAUUUAAACUCAAGUGUUACAUUUGGAAUUGUCAUAUUUCUUUAAAAAAAUCUUGUUCUUUAAAUGGAGUUUUCAUUUUUAAAAACUUAAAUGCCCAUAUUUUAAUUGCAGAAUAUUCACUUAGAAUAACACUUUCUUCCAGUUAAAUGAAACAGUUAAGGAAUUGUUGAAUUUCAAAAGGUAUUUUUUACGUAAGAUGCUUCUGUUAUACGGCCCCUGUAUUCAAUACGUUUCAGUGAUGAUUUAUUGAUGCUAAGUCUAUCUCGAAAACUCAAACUGUUUGAUUUCAGUAGAAAUGGGUACUUGUGUAUGAAACUUUGUUAAUCCUACUUAGGAACUACUAAUGAUGUGUUUAAUAUUCUAGUUAUAUUCCGCCUGAAAACUCAACUAUUUAUAAAAUUAGACUCUCUCCUUUUGGAACUGUUAAUGACAUGCGUCGUUACAACCUACUUGGUGACGUCAUCGUGACUGGCGGUCCUUCAAGCUAAAUUUGCCAAUAAAAAACAAACAAAUAAAGAGAUGUCAUAAAUUUGU